CCCCAGCACACCAGCGCAGGAAACUUAUAACCUCGGGAGGCAGGUCCCUCCCUUCACUGUGGUCACAAAGCUCCAGAAGAGCAGAAGAGCCACCCGCAGCCGCCAGCUCCUGCCACUCGAGGUGCCUCUGUCGCCGGAUCCUCAGGACUCUGCACUUGCCAAAUCAUCAAAAAGCCAAGAUGUUGGUAUUACUGGCUGGCAUUUUUGUGGUCCACAUCGCCACUGUCAUUAUGCUAUUUGUUUCCACCAUUGCCAAUGUCUGGGUGGUUUCAGAUACGACAAAAGCAUCAGUAGGCCUUUGGAAAAACUGUACCGAAGGUAACUGCGAGGGAGCCCUGGCGUACGCCCAUGAAGAUGCGCUCAAGGCAGUGCAGGCCUUCAUGAUCCUUUCCAUCAUCUUCUCGGUCAUCUCCCUCGUGGUCUUCGUGUUCCAGCUUUUCACCAUGGAGAAGGGAAACCGCUUCUUCCUCUCGGGUGCCACCAUGCUAGUGUGCUGGCUAUGCAUUAUGGUUGGGGUGUCCAUCUACACUCAUCAUUAUGCGGGUGGUCAGCAGACCUCCUUCUAUCAAAGUCACCACGGCUAUUGCUUCAUCCUGACCUGGAUCUGCUUCUGCUUUAGCUUCAUCAUUGGCAUUCUCUACCUGGUCCUGAGAAAGAAAUAAGGCUGAACAAGUUUAUGGGGAUCUGGGGGGUGGGGAGGAGGAAGCCAUGGAAUCCGGGAGGGAAGUGAAAGUUGCUCUGCAGGAAAAACCAAGACAGGGGAGGGGGGUGGGGGAGGGACACAUAAGGGUAGGAGAGGCUGAAGCCCAAACCGUUACUCAGGAGGUUCUCUAUGGUCUGGCCCCUGCCCCUGGGAGAAAGCAUUUGGCUAGAACUUCCAUGUUCCCUAGAUGUGGGCCAGAGAGCCUCUCUCUAGCCGCCAGAUCGGCCUCCAGCUGUUCUCAGUUACACACGCCGCCUGGGGCCCCACCAGCUGCCACACCACUGGCUCCACUUCCGAGUGUGAAUUCUGGGUCUUGCACUGCAGUCCUCAGACCUGCUGCACCAAGUUGAAAUAGCGGUACAAGUUCCAGCAAGGGCAGAUACUGUUUUAUGUUAAAUGUGUUAAGCCUGGAGGCCAUCCACCCUCCUGACCCGAAGCAAAACAUCACAUUCCAGUCUGAAGGGCCCACAGGAGGGCUUUGGCCAGUGAGCCAUUAUUCUUCUUUAGAACAGAUAUUUCACUCUGUGAAAUUCAGUGGUAUUUGUGACAAAAUGGUAGGAAGAGAUGUAGUCAUGAAACCAAGUUGGUAGGUUAAUUAAACCAAGAAAGAGAACUGUUCACAGUGAAAGGCCUGGGGCACGGUCAGAGCCCAGACCAGACCUCGCACAGCUAUCCCUCAUGGAGACCUCUUGCUACGGACUUUGCUAGGCCUCUUGCUUAAAGCCAAGGCGGCUCUUCUGGAGUUUCUGUAAGGCCACUAACAACCAAUCCUGUGGCGAAAGUGCCACACAAAUUAUGGGAUCACAAGGCAAUCUUGUAACAGUGCUGUAUUAAAGUUAUGAUUUUAGGAUUCCCUCCCCAUGCAAUCAAUGUUUCUUUUAAAUACAUAACAAGAGAAAGACAGAUAUAGCUCCUUGUAACACAAUCUGUUACUCUCCCUCUAAAUGACAAACUUUUCAGAACAUUUUGUCUCAUUACCCACAUUGGGGGUCAGGACUCCUAGGCUCAGUGGCAAUUCCAGCUUUGACACUGGCUGGAGUGGCCACCUGUCAGAGGACCUGCCUACCCUGCUUCCGAGGUGAGACAGGACAAUUCUGGAAGCUUAUGGAAACACACACACAAACCCAAACCAAACAGCAAACCCUUGGGUGAGAGGUGCUAUGUAACUGCAGAGUGUUAAGCACAUUAGGUUUAAGUCAUGGGAAGAACAGAGUGCCUCUGUUCCCAGGAAAAUAAGAAAAGUUCCGUGAGGUAAAUAAAAAUAUAGGUGAUGGGCAGAUAUUUUCUUUAAGAAAAAAACAAAUAAACCAACUCUGGUGGUGCCCAGUCAGAUGGUAAUUGAUCUGUCUGUUGCCACAGAGCGUUUCAAUAUAGGCCUUAGAAGUAGUAUGUUAUUCCUGGUUAAGCAGGCAAGGCUCUGGCCUGGAGCAGCUAUUUUAAGCCAUCUCAGAUUCUGCCUAAAGAGUUUAUUUUAGGAAGACAUUUCCUCUUAUCACCCUGAGUGGAUCUAUGUUAGGGAGAAUCUGAGACAUCUUGCCUACUUUUUGUCUUCCAGCUCUCUCCUCAUCCCAUUUCUUAUAUGCUUUUCCUUUCCGGGGAGUUGUUAUGCCAUGAUUGCUGGUAUCUAUGUAAAAGGACUCCUGCUAGGUGUACUUCUCUAUGUUCAUUCUGGUUAAGAGGAUAUUGAGGGCAGACCACCAAAUUCUCUGGGCUGGAGGUAGAGAGGUUGGCAAGCAAAAACUGUGGGAUGAUAGUUUCAAAUUAUCAUUUGAUUAUCAUGUGAUUAUAGAAGGCUGUUUGACGUGCAGAAGCAUACUUACAUAUCAGAUAUAUCCAAAGGAGAUACUCGCAUUAUGUUAAAACGUCAAACUAUGACUGGAGUGAAACAUGUAUUCCUUUGUCUUUUACUUUUUUCUGUGCCAUUUAUGUCUCAUGUAAUUUGCAUUACAUCGGUGGGUUGUUCUAGUACUGUAUUUGGCUUCUUCUUUCAUAGAUUGAUAUUUCAUAUACUAUAAUUGUAAAUAUUUUGAUACAAAUGUUUAUAACUCUAGGGAUAUAAAAACAGAUUCUGAUUCCCUUCA